AUGGCAAGUUAUAGAGAAUAGCCACUCUAAAAAAGUGAUUAUCAGAAUCGAAUUCCAAAUCAUAAUUAUCAAAAAACUAUUAAGCAAAGCUAUAAUGAUGAGCAAAAAGACCUUGAAAAUUAUGUAAAUAUUCCUAAAAAAUAAUCAUCUUAUGUGGAGAUGGAACUUCAAGAUAGAAAUAAUAAAUAAUAUUAAUAAGGUAACAGUAAUGAGGAUGAUUCAUUUUCAAAUAAUCCAUAUUAUAAUAAAGCUGCAUUAGAAUAACAAUGUAGCAAAUCAAUUAUAACAUAUUUAGAAUAACCAAAUAGACAUCAAGAAAAUCAUUAGAAGGAUGAAUUAUUAAAAGAUAAUUUUAAUUUAAAUUAGCAAAAGUAAAAUCAACCUAUUUCAUAAUAUUAUAAUAAUGAAUUUAGAGAUAGAUAUCAAGAAGUCAAAAAUUAUUAUUAUAAUCAAAAUAAUUAAUAUAAAUCUAUUUUAACAUCAAAAUAAUAUUCUAGAGAUAAUCAAGAUCAAUAAGAAUAAUAAUAAACAAUAGAAUACAAAUAAUAAUAAAAUUAUUAAGAAAAAUAUAAUUUUAAAAAUGAAGCUCUUUAAGAAAAUCCUUCAUUUGGAUAAAUUUAGAACUAUUAAUAAAAAUAAUAAUAAAAAGAACAAUAAUAUUAAUAAUAAUAAUAUUAAUAAUAAUAAUAAUAACAAUAACAAUAAUAAUAAUAAUAUUAUCAAUAAUAACAAUAAUAUCAAUAAUAAAAUUAGCCAAUCUAAAAAUAGUUUCCUUAUUCAAACCAAGAACAAUAAGAACUAGUAGGAACAUAAUAAUAUAUAUAAAAUUCAACUAGAAUAUAAUAAAAUAAUUAAAAUGAAUAAAGAUAAAUUACAAACUAUUAAAUGUAAUCUCCUUAAAGAUUUCAUUAAGAUAUUCCAGUUUAAAAACAAUAAUAAUAUCAUUAAAGAUUAUAAUAUUUAGAAGAAUUAAAAAGUCGAUUACCUAAAGAUGAUAUUUUCUAUUAAUAAGUUGAUACAAGAAUGCCAGAAAAAGAACAAUAUUACCGUUAAGAAUAAAAUUAGAGGAUGAAUAAAAUAAAUCCAACUGCUGCUAUAAGUAGAAUGUAGAAAUAUAAUGAAAAUAAACAAUAUUCUGCAUCUGGUUAAUAUGACUAUUCUUAGAGUACUAGAAAUCAAUAUUAAUAAAGAAAUGAUCAUUAUAAUGCUUAAUAAUAGAAUAGACAGAAUACUAGUCAAUAUCUUAAUCUUUAUAGUUCUAAUAAUUAUAAUAAAGAUCACGAUAGUGGCAAUCAUUAAUAUUAAUAAAGAAAUAAUUAACAUCAAAAGACUAGAACUCCAAAUCGAUAUAGAGAAGAUAGUUAUGAAAGAGAAAGAUAAUAUUUUAUACAGUAAACUUCUCAUAUUAAAACAAAUUCUUACGCUAUCAAUAAAAGAAAAUGA